GGAACAAAGUCACAUCCGUUGUGAGUCAGGGUUUUCUUGCCCACACUGAGGAUAGGAAACUCAGGUGUUAGGGCUGUACCGGGGUCACCAGAUUCUGUUACCCAGGUUACCAGGGCUCUCCUACAAUCUUCAUUACCUGCUUGGACAAGGAAUGUCAGUCUUUUGGCUGCCGAUGGUGUUAGCUGUGUCCAUGGCUGUAGAAGUAGCUAUUGGUUAUAGAUCACAACAUAAGCGCUUAGCAUAGAUGGAAACCGAGCCCAUCAAAGGAUCGAACGUAUUCCUGCUGUAAUAAAGUCAGUAUACAGGAUUUUUAUCAUCUUGAAAUUUCAGGAAUCCAUUUCCUGCUCAUGAGCACACAGUCAUACGUGUAAGAAGGCCUAAUUUGGAAAAUAUUUAAACGGAAAAUCAGCAAGAGGCAGCUAUGGCGGAUGGCAGUAACAGUGGUAUUAGUGGCUCAUCAUCCGUGGGAGGAAUUGCUAAUCCAGCCUCUUUACCACCUGGUGAUUCCCAGCUUAUUGCCUUGAUCGUGGAGCAGCUUAAGAGUCGUGGUCUGUUUGACAGGUUUCGGAGAGAUUGUUUAGCUGAUGUGGACACAAAACCAGCUUACCAAAAUCUACGUCAGAAGGUGGAUAACUUUGUAUCAACACACCUUGAUAAACAGGAGUGGAAUGCUGGUAUGCACAAAAACCAUCUUAGAAAUGGACUAAGACAAAGUGUUGUUCAAUCGGGGAUGCUAGAGGCUGGGGUGGAUAGGAUUAUUUCACAGGUGGUAGACCCAAAACUAAAUCAUAUAUUCAGACCCCAAAUUGAAAAGGCAAUCCAUGAGUAUCUAGCAACUCAGACAAAAGAGGAGGUUGGACCAGCUCCUCCCCCACCUCUCCCUUCUCCAGAACCAGAAGAAUGUGACCCACCAGAGCCUUCUCAAGGGGCUUCAUAAGAUGAUCCUUAGAGAGACGUUUGCUUAAAGAAAUACUGCAUCUGUAAUGCUGAAAAGCUAAAAUACAUGUUUAUGAGAACCGUAGCUUAAGUGCAGGUGAAGGGCAGAAAUUAAAACUGGAAAAAGAUGGUCAAAUUAGAGUCCAUCUGUGGGUAGUGUAAUAGAUUAUACACUCAAA